GUGUGUGUGUGUGUGUGUGUGUGUGUGUGUGUGUGUGUGUGUGUGUGUGUGUGUGUGUGUGUGUGUGUGAGACAGAGAGUUGGCGGGGGCGGUGGUAUUUCACAAUCACACAUCUGCUACCAUGGAGCAGAGUUAAAAAAAGUCCAUCUGAGGGCCAUUGGACUUGGAAUUAGCUUCACAGGGCCAUGUCUUAGCAGUAGUUUCCACUUCAUUUUAACUUAAAGGGGUACUAUGUUAGCGUUUAGGCAGCUGUUGCUUAGGAGAUAGAGGGAGGUUUCUGUGCAACUUUGGGAUGCUGGAUGGAGCUGAAAGUGGUUUUUGCUAUUCUAGUCUGGUCAUGUACCAAAUUGUUACCUCACAGCAGCCAAAACAACGGGAGAGUCUUCAAAACAAAGCAAUUCAAAUAUUUCUGAGAGAGGAGAAUUGUCAAUGCACAGUAAGAGGCAGCUGAGCUGAGGCAGAAAGAUGCAUACUUUCAUUGUCUCUGUCUUUUCCAUUUCAACCCAUUGUGUCACCCAAACACAUAAGGUACUAAAAGCCCAGAGAGAGACUUAACCGGCUAAAAACCACCUAGGCUCAUAUGACAUAUGUCAAAACCAUUAGAUAUUCAAUUAACUUCAUAAAUAAACCUCAAACUUUCUUUUGACGUGUCUCGAGAAGCAGGGAACUAAUUCUUGGACCAAGGACAAGUGUAAAGAUUCUUCAACAACAGAGUCAUCCGUCUACACCCACAUUUUGCAAUCAUGUUAGUUCACAACUGGAUCCUGUUAAUAGCUAAUAAUUUCACCUCAGUGUGCAUGAACCAGAUCCGUGAUGGGGUCAAUGAUGAUGAACAAACAACCAUCUCCCAUGUGAGAUUUGCAUCGUUGCUCUUCAAUAUCAUUCUUUGUGUUUGAUCACAGAUGACCAAUAGGCACCUUUCCAGUUUCUGGAUUCUAAUCAUUCUUGCUAUUCUGUGAACAGGUAAAAUGGCCCGAAUUUACAUUUUAUUGAGUAGACUCUUGUAGCACUCAUGUAGCUGCUAGCUUUACUCGAGAUAUAAGGGGGCAGAUGUAUUUUUUUGCCCCUUUCUGCAAUUUCCUGUCCUGUUUUCACAAGUCAAAUGGCUCUUCCUAUCUGUGGCGUGUGGCCUGUUGCCACAUAAUAGAAACAGAUUGCUGGUGGUGGGGUAGUUCUGAAAAAUGUUCUCAAGACCACACCAUGACUAUCAUUCAGAAUCCAUGCUUUGGACGGUGGGCUAUUUACCUCAGGCAGGUGUAGAUGCUCCAGACGCAGCAGGCCCCAGGAAGAGGCUGCCUCCAUCCAUCUGUGCGGCUCUUCUCUAAUUCCUGGGUCUCUCAGUCUCACUUUGCACCACACCUUAACAGGGACCACAGAGAAAAGAAACAGGAGUGAGGAGGCCACUGGAGAUUCUCAAGAAGGGAAGCCAUUUUCUUUUGACCCUCAGUAUCACUGACCUUUCAACCUUUGGUUCAAUCUGGUGGUUUCCUUGUGAUUGGACACUCCCUAGAGGGGUAGGAAAUCACCCUCCCCGUCUGUCCGUCUGCGUCCUACCUUCGGACCUCCAUCACUAUGGCGACCUCGGUGCAGCCCAACGAGUUGGUGUUUGAGUUCGCUAGCAAUGGGAUGGAUGAGAUAAACCAGGCCUCUCUGUGUGUCCAGCUGGAUGAUCCGUCCGUGUUCCCAGCAGUCAUCGUGGAACAGGUGCCCGCUGCUGACCUCAUGCAGGUCUACUCGGGCAUGGAGUCGGACGAGGUGACCAACGGCAUUAUGGUGGACAACACUGUACAUGUGAUGGAGGAGCCCAUUAUGGUCGGAGACGUGGGCCUUUCAGUAGAAAGGACGGUAUCGGGUACAGAGGAUAACAUGGAGACCAAUGAGGCUGCGGCAGCCCUUCUUAACAUGGAGUCUCCAAACAACAUUCUGGAUGAGAAACGCAUGAUUCAUACGUACGGGACCAUGUUGGAGUCUGACUACACCUACAUCCACCUGCGGCCGGAGCCCAACGGCUGCAUGGAUGUAUCGCUGGACGAUGAAACAUCCUCCAUGGACGAGAUCCCUCAGAAGAGCGUGUCCAAACCACAGAGGAAAACCAAAAUGCGCAAGCCCCGGCCGGUGCGCCCCUGCUCCCCCAUUACCACUCCCAACCUACCACUCAAGAAGAAGAGCAAGGAGGGCAAAGGGAACACCAUCUACCUAUGGGAGUUCCUUCUGGCCCUGUUGCAGGACAAGAACACCUGUCCCAAGUACAUCAAGUGGACACAGAGGGAGAAGGGCAUCUUUAAGCUGGUGGACUCCAAGGCCGUGUCCAAACUGUGGGGCAAACACAAGAACAAACCUGACAUGAACUAUGAAACCAUGGGCAGGGCACUCAGGUAUUACUACCAGCGUGGUAUCCUGGCUAAGGUGGAGGGUCAGCGGCUGGUCUACCAGUUUAAAGACAUGCCUCCCGAUCUAGUGGUGAUUGACGACGAGGACCCAUGCCCCGACCUCACCUCUGGCUACGGGGGCCAGCGCCCCAGCCACCACGGCCGGGGAGGCUCCAGAGGGGGGCAGGGUAAAAUCCAUGCCCAUGGGCACCGUCCUAUAUCGGUAAAACAAGUGAAGAGAGAGCCCAUUGAUAUGGAUGGAGGGCUGUACCAUGAGGUCAAUGGUAAACAGGCAGAACACAUGAUCCAGACGGUCCACGUGCUGCAGCCCAACCAGAGGGCGGCUGUGCCGGCCUCCACACACACUUUGAGGACCAUCAACAUGCCUAACUCCGUCCCCAUGGUCCUGACGUCUUCUGGCCAGCUGCAGCCCCUCCUGUCCAACGGUGACUCGUCCAGCCACUCCUCCCAGCCCAGGGUCAUCCUCCAAACCGUCCCUUCUACCACGGCGGGGGGCAAGGAUGUCCUCACCAUUCAGACGGCCUCCCUGGCCACCGGGAUGGGCAGCCUCCAGGAUCACCAUCAGCACCCCCAGUUCCUUGUCACCAGCCUGGGCUCCACUACCACCACAGGGGUCCUCAGCUCCACCACUGCCUCCCUCAACGGCCUUCCCCGCAUGGUCACUCUCAACACGGCCACCGGUCAGACCAUGGUGGCCCAGCAGCCGGGGACCGUCAUUGCUACGGUCCUCAAGUCCUCCAGCGGUGGCGAGCUCCUCCAUGGCCUGCACGGCAUCAAGGAGGAGAUGCUGGACCCCUACUACCUGCAGUCAUUGGUUAAUGGAGACCCGUCGUUUGGCAAGGAGGAGAUGGAGGCAGGGGAAGCAGAGCUUACCUACAGGACUGUGAUCAUCGGGAAGAACCAAAGCCUUGGAUCGAACCAGGGGGAGACUGGAAGCGAGUCUCCAGUGAACGGAUACUUUUCCCAGGGAAGCAGCCCCAGUGAGGGCCUGACCCCCGUGGAGGAGCUAGAGGUGCGCGGGGAGAUGGCCCUGCAACCGGAGCACAUGGUGGGGGUCAAGGGGCUCCAGGAGCUGCCAGAGAUCACUGUCCACCUCCCAGCCUCCUUCAUCCAGAUCAAGGCAGAACCCACAGAGGUCUAGUAGACCAAAAGCUGACCUUUAUUGUCAUGAGUCUUGUCCUGGAGGCAGAACUGAGUGAUUUCCACUAGAUGAUGAUUGAUCAUCGUAAAAAUUAAGGAAGACAAAAGUGAGCUUUUUGAUCUUAAUGUAGGGUUAGGCAUUAGGAUUAGCAGUGUGGUUAAGGUUAGGUUUUUUAUUUGACCUUUAUUUGAACAGGGAGUCACCAUUGAGACCAGGGUUUCUUUCACAAGGGAGCCAUGCACAUACUAUUCAUAAGACAAAAUCGAAUUGAAAUCAGAUACAAUGUAAAACAAACUAAAAUACAGCACAACACAAAUAUUCUUAAAUUCCUUAGUAGGAAGUUCCCCAAUUAGUAUUUGCAAUUGCUCGAGCGGCAGUACAACAUCCAAUUGUAAUGUAUUGUAAAAUUGGUUCCAGCAAUGAGGUGUAUUAAAACUAAAAGAGGAUUUACUUAGUUCUGUGGAGACCACAAGGAACCUCAAGAGUUUGGUAUCUCCUGACGGCAUUCACAGGUUUAAGAGUAGUGGCUGCGGCAAUCUGGUAAAUGGUGUCACCAUAGUCAAGAACUGGUAGGACAGUUGACUGUACAAUCUGCUUCCUGCUAUUUAGGGAUAGGCAAGAUCGAGUUAGAAAAAGAAGCCCACUUUAAACCACUUUUUUAAACUAUCUCAUUCUUAUGUUUUUGUCAAUCCAAAUGUCCAGAUAUUUAUUGUCGGGAUUCCGAUCGAUGGGAGAACCAUCCAAUGGAUAACUGUAGUCCAUCAGGUUAAGGUUAGGUUUCAAAUCUGAUUUUACGACUUUGUGGCUGUUCCAGCUAGUGCCCACUCUGCAGAGCUGCCUCCAGGGCAAGAUUCAUGACAAUAAAUGCCAACCUGCUAAUAGGCCUGGACUCUCCAUCAAAGUUGGACUAUGAAAUCAACAUAAAGAAAGACUGCCCAAAGGGCAAUUCCACCACUUUUCAACCUCAUUUUCAUUGUCUCCAGUAAAAUACCAUUGUCUACAUAUGUGAAAAUGGCGCAUUUGUACGUUUUGUCGAAACAUAUAUAAAGUUAAAAAGUUCUACCCAACAUCAUCAAAAGAUGAUCAUAGAAACACGCUGUUUUCACAUAUGUAGACACUGGUAUGGUGCUGGAGAUAAUGAAUAUGAGGUUGAAAAGUGGUGCAAUUGCUUUUUAACAAAGUUUCCUUGUUCUUAUCCUGUUGAUAAUCUUAUUUUGAAAAGCAAUGGAUUUUUAAAUGUGGAGCGACAAACAGAGACCAAACGUUGGCCCCUGCAGGAUGUUUUUGCUUACUCACUGUUGUGAUCCCGUGCCCAAAUUUCAACACCAAGGGAUUGUUUUGUGAUGUGUUGUUGAAGGCUCCAUAGUUCGAAAGGCCCUCACUCGGAUCAAUCUACCUACCUACCUACCUUGCUACUGUCAGUAGACCCGCCCCCUUCCCAAACCUGUCCCCACCAGGAGAACAGCCAUUGGAUAACCAGGGAUCUACCCCACCACAUGUGCCAGUUAGAUUAGUAAAUGUUCUACCUACCAGUACAUCUCAUCAGACUUGUGUCAAUGCUAACAGACAAAAACAGCAAACCAAAAACAGGAGAUGGGAACUCAUGUGGGAGAAUGCAAUGAAAUCAGACUUGAUGAGCAGAAAAUGUGUCAUUUCUACAUGCCGUCUCCACUUUUUUUUUAAGGAAGAAUGAUGGAAACGCACCUUACUGACCUUUAAUGGAAGAGUGCCUUAUACGUAAAGGUAAAACAGUUCAAACUCUUGACUGGAAAAGUCUUAGGGGGGGAAAAAAUGACGGUUCAGAUUGUUUUGACUCAAACGUUUGUGACUUAUCCGGAGUUUCCUCCAUAUCCCCCCAUAUUAUAAGUUGUCGAUAAGGUGUGCUUUCCCCUCCAUUACUCAUCGCCUUACAGCAAUGUGUUACUAUGGAAAUGGGCAUUUCCUGUCCCCUUGGACAGUCCAAUCACAAACCUGUUUGUAUAUAGCUGCAGACUUGAUGCAGGGAGAGAGAGAGAGAGAGAGCGAGAGAAAAUACGGAGGAAAAAUAAAAUAGAUUUUACUAGCCUCCUAUCUUCCCAUUAAGGCCUUUAAUCCUGUUUAUAUGAAAUGGAAUAUAUAUAAAUAUAUAUAAAGUAAUAAUAUACUAUUGAGAUUCAAUUUAAGGCCACAAAUGUAUUUAUUUUGUGAAUUUCUAAAUUCUGUAUAAAAAGACACAUUUGUUUGUUAUUUACAUAUGGAAAACACGAGGGAUAAUAUACAAAGUAUAUGAAAUCAAACAACAGGAAGCUCAUAUGUCGGUGAAUUUUUUUCUCCAAAAAGCUGAUAUGUUUUUUUAAGCAUUCCUUAUAAAUCAGCACAGCAUUGAUGAUGAUAGUUUCUCUGUUUUGGACUCAAAGUGGUUUGCCCCGACGCAAAUGAUGGUCUCUAUAAACAUCUCUGUCCUGUGUCAUUUAAACAUUGUGUUGUAUGUGCUUUGGUUCUUCUUCCCUUUGUACAGCGGACACACCUCUAGCCUUAUUCAACAGUCAAGCAGUAGAGAUCAGUUGGAUAGAUUCACACACCCCUGUCCAGUUAAUUUGGUAAUUUGUUCUCAAUCAGGUCCUCUGUGACCUCUCCUAACCCAGUUAUUUUGUGAUGCAAAUUGUGACUCAACACUGGUGUUUUCCUCCCUACUUCUAUGCAUUUACAAUUCUGGUGCUGCGCUCCUAGCUCUUGGUCUUUGGUCAGACUGGUGUCUGUGCUCUUUUUAUUGGGUGUCCCAGUUUUGUUAAGGACCUGAGACGUCAGGGUCUCUGAAUGGCUGUGAUAGCCUGCAGAUGCUAGUGUAAGUAAACCAAUAUUUAUCUUGAGCGCUAUCAUGGCUAGAUUACUUUACUUUAUUUUUUCCACUUGAGCUGGAGUGAGCAACAGACCGUCUGAACUCUAGCUCAGCAUCUGAGGACAAGCUUUAAUGCUAAUUUCAGGGGAAAUGGAGAGUCUGUGACGUGACUUCCGCUUUUGGACAUUAACACGGUGACACUCCAUCUUAACUCCUCCACAUUUACGGAUUUGUUUCAACAGUGCAGAAGAGAACCUCCCAUCAUUUUUUCCCUUCUCAACAGGUCCAGAAAGAAACGUCGCUCAGGCAUUUAUUUUACGCCUGCUUCAUUAGGUUAUGCUACUUUAGGUUAUGCUACUUUUUAGAACUUGUGCCCAGGCAUCAGUUUUAUGUCAACCAAAGGGCUCUCUGUGUUGACAAUCUGAAUGUUGUACAGUACAAAGUUAUGAAAAGUUGUGACAAUCAAUGCUCUCUAGGGUUACAAAAAGUACCAAAACAGUCUUUGGUGUUGAUAAUUGACUGCAAUGAUCUCUGUGGGUGGGGUUGACUGGAUUUUCCUGCUUACAGACGCUUAUGUUGUAUAUACAGGUAUUUUCCUUUUUAAGCACUGUUGUAUGUGAGAUGUUGGCGUCUGUCUGCGCUGUCUGUCCGAUCAUUCCGUUUUCCUUUGUCUUGGGUUUUCUGUGGUUUCCUCCUAUGCUGAAACUAGAUUAGAUUUUUUUUAAGAAAGAAUAUUCAGGCCCAGUGCAGUCAAAGCGUUAUUUUCCUGUGUUUUAUAUAUAUUUCCACACUAUGUGGUUGGAAUAAUACUGUGAAAUUUUGAAAAUGAUGAUAAUGCCCUUUUAGUGUAAGAGGUGUUUGAAAAGACCACCUGAAAUUUCUGCCUGUUUUGGUGGGAUAGAGUUUCGGCCUGCCUGAUAACAUCACCAGACAGUAAAUUAGUUAAUAGACCAAUAAGCAAGAGUUCCAAUCCUCUCUGCCAAUAACAGCUAGUUUUCAGUUUUCCCCUCCCCACCCAGGACACUCCCAGACAGUCCUAUCAACAUUCUUGCUUGAGAAAUUGCUCUUUGCUAAGAAUCUAUUUUUGUUUCUUUUUGACCAUUGUAAACAAUCCCAGUAAGGUACUUAAAUGUUACCCAGAAAUGAUUUGAUGUUGAGAUGAAAACGACUGCAAUGGACCUUUAUAAUAAUAAAACACAUUUUGCUUAUA